AUGAAGAUGAAGAUGAUGUUAAUAAUAGCGUUUGUAUUGAUGCUGAGCAUAAGCACAGCGAAAUGCAGUAGGCGUGAUGGUGAAAGAAUCCUUGCCUCAUCAUGUAAACCUAGCGGAUUUUUGAAGGGCAACUCCCACGAGUGUAAUCGCCUACAUAAUUCAGAGUGCUGCAAGUCAGGGGAAAAAUACCCGCAGUACAAAUGCUCACCCCGUGUGACAGAGAAAACUAAAGCUACUCUCAGUUUGAAUGGGUUUGAUAGGAAUGAAGACGGAGGAGGACCUUCUGAAUGUGAUGGAAAGUACCACAAAAAUAGCGAACUUGUAGUUGCUCUUUCCACCGGCUGGUACGCCGGUGGCAGCCGGUGUCACAAACAGAUACAAAUCAAUAAUCCAGGGAAUGGACGAAGUGUGAAGGCCAUGGUGGUAGACGAGUGCGACUCUUUCUCUGGGUGUGAUAACGUUCAUGACUUCCAACCCCCUUGUGCCAACAAUAUCGUAGAUGCUUCUCCAGCCGUAUGGAAAGCCUUAGGAGUCGACGAUAAGGAUGCUGGUCUGAUGAGUAUCACAUGGUCCGACGCCUAG